AUGGCGACCAACCUUAAUUUCGAAGACUCGAUCCCGGGCGGCUUGGAAUGCACUUGGGAGGACAAAACUGGCACCCGGACGCUAUAUCCAUCGCUUUCUAACAACCCACGUACUCUCUAUCGCCUCAUUCCCGCUCAACAUAAGUUGCCGCCGCGGCGGUAUGUUGACAUCAAAGGGCUGAAGGACAAAGGCAAUGAUUCUAACGAUAAGGAAAAAAAUUUCAAUUUCAAGCUCGACUUGACAUCCACAUUACUACGCCUUGGUAAUGGUGAUAGUGGGUGGCAUGAACUGCAUAUUGUUCGCGAUGGGGACGGCGAAAAGGCUUUUCGUGGUGGGCCUAUUCCGUCUCUUGAAUGGGAGCAGCCUCUAAGCCAAGGAAAUCAUUAUCAAGCUGUAGCUUUAGAGGAAAACGAGGACUUGGAAGAUCAAACCCUCCUGGAUGCAGGUUUUGACGGCUCAAAUGAAGGGACUCCUAGUCUGAUGACCUGGUGCGAAAGAUUCUGUCACGACCCUGCUAGAGUGAAAUCAUCUACCUUCACCCGAGAGCUUUCAUCUCUGUAUAUGCGAUGGACUCCCCAGCUAUCGACGAGAGAGUAUCUCCGGUCCAAGAUUAUUUGCUUUCAGGGUCGAGUCUAA